UGUCGGCGUCUUCUCUAUGUAACAACUGUAAUAGUAACACGUGAAGGAGCACGGUUUGGUGACCAACAAGACAUCAAGAAAGAAAUGAUACGGACGGAAAGGCGUCUGUCUCCAACAUGAAGUCCGCUUUUGUAGCAUUAACUUUGACGAUGUUAACUGCAGAUCUUAUACAAACGCUGUCACACAGCAGUGCUAAGACAGGAAUACAUAGAUACCAGACACAACCCCUUUUCAAAGAAAAGUACUUUGCCCAGAGCCUCGACCAUUUCAACUUUAAUUCCAUGGGGAAUGGGACAUUUUUUCAGCGAUACCUGAUCAAUGAUAAAUACUGGAAGAUUGGAUAUGGUCCAGUUUUUUUCUACACCGGCAAUGAGGGGGACAUCUGGGAGUUUGCCUUAAACUCCGGAUUUCUUAGCGAAUUGGCUGCUCAGCAAGAAGCCUUGGUCAUAUUUGCUGAACAUAGGUACUACGGCAAGUCUCUCCCUUUUGGCAAUGACUCCUUCAACAUACCUCAGAUUGGCCUGUUGACAGUGGAACAGGCAAUUGCAGAUUAUGCUGUCAUGAUCAGUGUGUUGAAACUUCAAAUGUCAGCCACAGAUUGUCCGGUCAUUGUUUUUGGUGGAAGUUAUGGUGGAAUGCUUUCUGUCUAUAUGAGAAUAAAGUAUCCAAAUCUUGUGGCUGGAGCUCUUGCUGCUAGUGCACCCAUACUGUCAACUGCUGGGCUGGAUGAUCCAAGGCAGUUUUUUAGAGAUGUCACUGCUGAUUUUGAAAACAUUUCUCAAGAAUGCAGAAAUGCAGUAAAAGGAGCUUUUCAUCAGCUGAAAGAAUUAGGUGAACGGAGAGAGUACAGUAAAAUUCAGUCCACAUUCGCCCUGUGUAAGCGUCCAUCAUCUGCUCAGGACAUCCACCAGCUAAAUGGCUUUCUGAGGAACGCAUUCACACUCAUGGCCAUGUUGGAUUAUCCUUACAGCACUCAGUUCAUGGACAAGAUGCCUGCAAAUCCUGUGAAGGUGGGUUGUGAAACCAUGCUUCGUGGAUCUGAUCUGCUUACCAGUCUGAGGGAUACUGCAGCAAUUCUGUACAACUCAACUGGCUUGCUGACCUGUUAUGAUGUGUACAGUUUAUAUGUGGAGUGUGCUGAUCCCACUGGGUGUGGGAUUGGCUUUGACAGCAUGGCCUGGGACUAUCAGGCAUGCACAGAAAUAAAUCUCUGCUAUGAGAGCAACAACAUCACAGACAUGUUUCCAGCAAUGACCUUCACUGAGGAAGAACGCCUGCGGUACUGCUCCAAACGCUGGGGUGUGAUCCCGCGACCAGACUGGCUCAAAAUCCAGUUCUGGGGUGAUGCUCUUUCCAGAGCAAGCAACAUAAUUUUCUCCAAUGGUGACCUGGACCCAUGGGCAAAUGGAGGGGUGCGAAAGUCUUUGAGUCCAUCAUUGAUAGCUAUCAACAUUGCUGGGGGAGCCCAUCAUCUUGAUUUAAGAGGGUCCAAUGUUGCUGAUCCAGCAUCAGUUAUUGAAGCCAGGAAGGCUGAAGCAGACCUCAUCUCACAGUGGGUGGAGUUAGAGAGGAUCAGAAUACAACAAUUGCUUUGAUGUUUAGACGUGUUUUUUACUUCAACUUAGAGUUUCAACAUUUCUUUAAUGAAAAUGAGAAUGAAAGAAACGAACUCUGCAUGUCACUGUCGAGUAAAAACCUUUGUGCAAAUUUGUUCUCUUUAAUAUAGUCUGUUAAUUUGUUUUAAUGAAUCUAAAAUAAUGAUAAGGUCUUGUCUUUUACAACACCAUGUGUUUUUAACAUUUAACUAAAAUAUCUGUAGUCUGUCUGUCUUUACUUCUAAUUUUAGAUGGUCAUUAAAACGUAUUUCCCUGCCACAUCUACAAAUAAGAUAUUAAGGCUGAUGGUAUUUUGAAAUACAGUGAAGGAUUAAUUAAAUAAAUGCAAGAUUGCAAAUACA